GCCCCGGGCUCGGGCCCCGGGCGGGGAGCAGAGCUCAACCGAACUCGGCAGUGACCCAAGGAGUGAGCUGACUCGUAGGGAGACAACCCAGCAGCCUGACUUCCCACGUGUUUCAGCACGUAUUGAGAAAUGGAUGGCUUGGAGUCGGACUUCAACCUGCGGGUCGUCUUGGUCAGUUUCAAGCAGUGUCUCAACGAGAAGGAGGAGGUGCUUCUGGAUCACUACCUCGCCGGCUGGAGGGGUCUAGUCAGGUUCCUGAACAGUCUGGGUGCCAUCUUCUCCUUCAUCUCAAAGGAUGUCACAGCGAAACUGCAGAUCAUGGAGCGUCUGCGCAGCGGCCCCCAGCGGGAGCACUACAGCAGCCUGCAGGCCAUGGUGGCCUAUGAGGUGGGCAACCAGCUGGUGGACGUGACGCGGCGCUCCCGCCACCCAGACUCGGGCUGCCGGACGGUGCUUCGGCUGCACCGUGCCCUGCGCUGGCUACAGCUCUUCCUGGAAGGCCUGCGCACCAGCCCCGAGGACGCCCGCACGGCUGUGCUCUGCACCGACUCCUACAAUGCCUCGCUGGCGGCCUACCACCCCUGGAUUAUCCGCCGGGCUGUCACUGUGGCCUUCUGUACGUUGCCCACACGCAAGGUCUUCCUGGAGGCCAUGAACGUGGGGUCCCCACAGCAGGCUGUGGAGAUGCUGGGCGAGGCCCUGCCCUUCAUUGAGCGAGUCUACAGUGUCUCCCAGGAGCUUUAUGCCAAGCAUUCCCUGCUGGAUCUGCCCUGAGGGCCAGCGGGCCGGGGCAGGGGAGGGGGGCAGCCAGCACCCGUCAGUCUCCCCACGGAGAUGUGUGGGUGCCCCAGGAAUGGGAAGAACACUGUCCUCUGCUCGCUGAGCUUGACUGGAGCCCCGGGCCCAGCGUGGCCCACCCAGGCCAUGCUUCAAGCCUGCGGUGCACAGGCCAUGGCAGAGGACGCGGGCCGCGGCAGUCUACUCCUGCCCUGUCACCUCGCUCUGCCGGGAGCAUCUCUGCUUUACCCUCAGCUGAGAUACACCUGUGUCCAGUCGGGCCUCACCCAGAUGGCGAGGUGCAGAAGGCAGGGCAGGUAAGGGGCAGGAUCAGCAUUCAUGGGAAACCCAGAGAAGCGGCCCCUGCCCGUGAGCCGAGUCGUGAAAUGGGGCAGAGUCCCAGGGCCCUGUGGCAC